UUUUUUUUUUCUCCUCCGGUUUUCUCCUCCCGUCUCCUCGGGUGUCGCUCCUCUCCUUCAUCCUGCCCUGCUCCACAGUUUUUUUUCUCUCCCAGCCCAAAGAGAAGACUUGGAGAGCCCCGGCUUUAAUCUGAACGAGGCUCUUGCCGGCUGAAUGCACCAGACACAACAAGACAGGACACCACGACACCAGGAAUCGAAGCGGUAUAUGCACACCGUCGCCCCAGAAGCUGAUGAUAGGUGGAAAUGUGAAGAUAUUUAGUUGUCGCAGUGUUGGAGUAGACAGCAGCAACCGGGAAAGAUGGCGAGGACACAGGCUCGCAUGUUCCUCGCCCUGGCUUUGCUUGGAUUUUUCUUUCUCAGUGUCUGCGUGAAAGGAGAGUUUCGGGGAGAGCAACAGGAGGAGGAGCAGGAGAGGUCCUGUCAAGGCGCCUUCGACCUCUACUUUGUUCUGGACAAAUCUGGAAGCGUGAAGUAUCACUGGGAGGAAAUUUACUCCUUUGUGGAGCAGCUGGCUGAAAAGUUUAUAAGCCCCAUGCUGAGAAUGUCCUUCAUAGUCUUCUCCACGCGAGGAAACAUCAUCAUGAAGCUGACCGAGAACAGGGACGCCAUCACUGGAGGAUUAAUAGCUCUGAAGAAAGUUGUCCCCGGAGGAGACACGUUUAUGAAUUUAGGCCUGGAGAUGGCUAACAUGCAGAUAUACCAGGAGAGGCCCGGGACAGCUAGCGUUAUCAUUGCUCUGACUGAUGGAGAACUGAAUGAGUGGCAGUUUGACAUGGCGCAGCGGGAGGCAGAGAGGGCAAGGUCUUUGGGAGCCAUUGUUUACUGUGUGGGGGUCAAAGACUUCAACCAGACCCAGCUCGCAACUAUUGCAGACACCCUGGAACACGUGUUUCCUGUAUGGGGAGGCUUCCAAGCCCUCAGGGGAAUCAUUGACUCGAUCAUCAAGAAGUCCUGCAUAGAGAUUCUAGCGGCUGAGCCGUCCAGCGUGUGUGCAGGAGAGAGUUUCCAGGUGGUUGUUAGAGGCAAUGGUUUUCGCCAUGCCAGAAACACCAACCAAGUCCUCUGCAGCUUCAAGCUGAAUGAUACACACACCGUGGACGAUAGGCCAGCUGGGAUCGAAGAUACCUUCCUGCUGUGUCCUGCUCCUGUCGUGGAGGAAGUGGGGAGGGUGAUCUACCUGCAGGUGAGCAUGAACGAAGGCCUCUCCUACAUCACCAGCUCCGUUCACAUCACCACUACGGAAUGUUAUGACGGCACCAUCGUGCUAAUAUCGUUGCUGGUUGUGUUCCUGCUGUUGGCGCUGCUGCUGAUGUGGUGGUUCUGGCCUCUCUGCUGCACUGUGGUGAUCAAAGAACCUCCACCACCUCCGCCUCCAGAGCCGGAGUCAGACGACGAGGAUGGGAUGCCCAAGAAGCGGUGGCCCACGGUGGAUGCUUCAUAUUACGGAGGGAGAGGAGUGGGAGGCAUCAAACGCAUGGAGGUGCGAUGGGGAGAGAAGGGGUCCACGGAGGAAGGCGCCAAACUGGACAAACCUAAAAAUGCAGUGGUGAAGAUGCCCGAGCAGGAGUUUGAACCUUACGAGCCCAAGCCUCGAAGAGCUCCUCGCCGGGCCCCGCAGCAGAGGAGGUGGUACACGCCCAUUCAGGGGAAGCUAGACGCUCUGUGGGCUCUAUUCAGGAGGGGCUACGACCAGGUAUCUCUGAUGAGACCACAGCCUGGAGAUCAGGGUCGCUGUAUCAAUUUCCAGAGGGUCAAAGACGGAGGCUCCACCCCGAACAACCAUGCCCCGCCUCGCAUGCAUCACGCGCCCUCUCCUCCCCCGCCCGCCGAACAGCGACCUCUGGUCUCCAACUCCGUCCCCCGUGCGAAGCCUCCGUCAAGAGGGCCCCGCACCACUCCGGCCUCCUGCAACGCACCACCCUCCCGCGCGCCCCCACCAGGCCCGCCGCCUAGCCGCGCACCCCCCGGUCCCCCAGGACCCCCUCCGUCUCGCCCCCCGCCCAUGCUCUAAUGAUAAAGAGAGGGCCUCCAAUAAAUAACUGAUGCGUCAACUCAUUCAAUAAAAGACACGUCCUCUUUUCACUCCAAAGACGCAAAAAAAAAAAAAACACACAAUAGGAAGGCUUGAAAAUCUCACAGGCUCAAUUUCAAAGCUCUGUGCUUUGUUGCUGGACAGCAAAAAUAAAUAUUUAUCCGAGUCCACUAAAAUAAGCAAAAAAAGAAUCAUGUAGAUAUCCGAUUACGCGUUUGAGAACAGUUAACACUAUGAGAUGUUGAAAUAAGUGGUAAGAGUAAGUGCAAUCCAGCAUAAAGGAUAUUUGUGUUGUUGAAAGUUAGUUUGUGUGUGUAGCCUUGCAGACAACGACAGUGAGGAACGUAGCAUGAAGCUGAGCAUGUAGAGAAAGUGGAUAGUGACGUUAGGAAUGUUGGCUUUUUUUAAAAAAAAAAAAAUUGUUUUUAAUGUACUGUCAACAAAUCAGACCGAUUAAUAAUUUUAACCAAAAACGUUGUGUAAAGGGUCAAUGAUCUUAUUGCAACUGCAGGGCAGUUUUUAGCCAUAUUUUUUAUUUAUUAUAAUACAGGCCCUGUCUGCAUCUGUGCUCCGUUUAAUAUCAGGUAGAUUUCUUUCUGGGUUUUUCGGGACCUUUUCGGGACAUAAGGGUGGACUUUACGUAGAAUUCCUCUUUGUAUGAUUCCCGAUUCUGACUUCUUACUUCAGUGAAAGACUGCAUUGAAAAUCUGUAUCUCUGGGGCUCUCCUGUAUACGCCAUUUACUGACUGAAAUGAUCAUCUGCAUUAUUUCUUUACUAACAAUGUGUCUCUUUUCCAAUAAAAAAAAAAAAAAAAAGCUUUUUUUAU